ACCGCUAUGGCGUCUUUGAGGCAUUACUGCAAACACAAUUACGCAAAGCAGCGGCGAUCGAAGCGGAGAUGGAGGACGUUCUCACGGAGACGCCGCCGCCCUCUCGAUUCUUCCGAGAAGACCUUGACAACUUCGCCUCUCCGCCUCCGUCUCUCCCGCCACCUCUUCUCCUCCUGAACCCCAACUCCAGUUCAGACCACCUCCGUCCUCCCCUCCUCAUCAUCGCUCUUUCCUCCCCCUCCUUGGCCGUCCUCCAUCGGAUCCCCCACAAGGUCCUCAUCGGUGCCCUAAUCCUUCCGGAGAUUCCCCUCGCUGGCAACUCCCUUGAGCCCUCCGCACGCGAUCGCUCUUGCUAUGUCUACGCCGGAGAAAGUCAAGUCCUCGUCUCUGUUCAGCUCCCUGUUGCGGCCGAAAGGGCCCGUGCUGUUGCAAAAUCGCUGCUCGGGGGGAUCCAGGCGGAGAGGGUUUUGAUCUUAGACUCGAUCCGGAGCCAGAACUACAGGGAGAGGUUAGCCGUGGACGAAACCCUGGCUUUUAAGCUGGAGACGGUAGAGGAGAGAAAUGCCGAGCAGCAUCUGGUGCGAGGAUUGGAUUACUUUCCGUCCGGGAGCGUGAUGGAUGGCCUAGGGGCUGCCAUCAUCGCGGAAUGCCAGAUGAGGAGGGCAAAGGGCACUUUGGUGGCGACAUGGCCCGCUAGUGCUCGAUCUGCUGAAAUGACAAUGUUUGGGUCGUUGUUGAAGGAUUUGGGAUUUCCUAUGAGUGAGUCUGACGGCAAUGAUGACUUCGUUGCUGGGUACUCAGGUUCUUCUCGGUACGAUUCAGAUUUAUAUACCUGACAGAGCCCUCUCUCGUUUGAUGUUGCUACAACCAGUUGCGGGGUAUCAUUCCACAAUGUGCAAGGAUCCGGAUGUAUGAUGCAAGGCAUUGUAUGGAAUUUCUGUAAUGAAUAUGCUUGCAUUUUCUUUAAUGCAUACAGAGGAAUAUGUAUUGUCAGGCUUGAAUUUUGAUAUUUUGAGGAAAUUUUUACCAUGAAAUGUACUAUGAUUUCUUAAUGAUAUUGCUUGAUUUUCUGUGGUAUCACCAUA